AUGUACUCCGCCCUCCAACGCCUAAAUGCGCUCUCAGCCUUUUUCGUAACAGUGGUCUUCUGCGUGUUAGGCGCCGUUGCCCUCUCAGGACCCAUCCUCAACCACUCGGCUGUGCAGAAAGUCGAGGCGCCGGUCAUUGGCGUGCAGAGUGUCGUUACGAAGUUGGGCCGACAGGGGUAUUACUAUGACUAUAGUCAGCCGAAGACGGAGAUUGGGUUUGUGCAUUUCAACGUUACGGCUGAUCUGUCCCCGAUAUGGAACUGGAACACCAAGCAAUUGUUUGUAUACCUGGUCGCCGAGUACGAGACGCCAUCGCACAGCACGAACCAAAUAAUGCUAUGGGACGACAUCAUCCUCACAAAGGAAGACACCAUCAUCGAGUUGACGGAUCAGCUCGCGGAGUAUCGCGCGACGGAUAUACAGAAUAAGCUGGCGGGGGUACAAGCGAAGCUGUCUUUGCAUUGGAAUGUUAUUCCACAUGUGGGGAUUUUGCUGACGGACGCGGCAGGCUCUGCGCCGUUGACGUUCCCCAAAGUAACCAAAUAA